AGAUCUGAAGAUAUACAGUAUAUAACUGCCUGGAACUAAAUGGUGUCAUGCAAAACUGGAUUAAAGGAUUCAUCAAAAAAUGGUGGAAAGAAUUAUGUUUGGUUGUUUUGGUCAUCUUUUUCUUGAUCCUCGCCAUUGCAGGAUGGGUCAUGUUCACUUACUGUGAUAAAGACUAUAAAGGAAUAGAGAUGAGGAUUAGAGAAGAAGAGGAGAAGAAGGCGUUGGCGAGAGAGAACCAUCUACGGGAGGAAGCUCGUAGAAACCUCACCAAGACCAUACAAGACAUGACAGCUGAGGCAGAGAAAAAUAUAUCAGAUUUCAAGAGAGAGUCUGCAGCAAGAGAGAUACAGAUUAGAGAGGAAGAGCAGAAGAAGGCCUUGGAGAGAGAGAACCAACUCAAAGAGCAGUCUGAGAAAAACUUAAAGGCAACAGUAGAACGAAUGAAAGAAGAAAAAGCAAGAAUGUUGAAGGAGGUAAAAUUAGAGGAGGAACAAAAGAGACUCAACCUUGAAAACAAGAUCAGAGAAGAAGAGGAAAAGAGACAGAAUUUACAGAAGGAGAUAGAGAGCCAAAAAAAGGUGAUACAAGAGUUAAAGGAAAGGAAGCCUCAUUGUAACACGGGUCACAUGACUACAACUAGUAUGCCCACUGCACUUGGAAUCUGUCUGGUAAUAUAUUUGGUCAUUUCCCAACAGAUAAGAGCCUAAGUUAUUUGAUUUAUUUUCGUUUGAUUUUGAAUCUUCUCUGAUUUUAUCUCAUUUAUCAAACAUGUUGAAUGGCCCUAGUGUUAGAAAGGCACUUAUGAAAUAAAGUUACCUUGCCUAAGCUAGGGUCUACAGUAUGUACAAUAACAUGAACCUAUAGGUGUAUUCACAGUUGUGUUACACCUGCAUUCUUGCCUUCAGAAAUACAGCACACUUACUUCAUAAUGCCCUGAUGAAGGCCAAUAUGGCCGUAACGCGUAGGCCCAUGUGCUUUUAAAUUAUCCUUGCCAUGAACUAUUAAAGGCUUUUUAUAUUUAUAAAAAUCUCGGAGUGCCUCUGCUAACCCUUUUUUCCUUUGGAUUCUAACCUCACCCGUAGCAGAAGAGCACCUGAGUAGAUUUAUAGACUCCUGAGCGCCCUAAGCCCUUUUGU